CUUUGACUUGGCGAAGAGAUAGGAGGCCCCACUCCCACGUGGCUUGUCAUUUCUUUUUCAAUCCCAUUCAUCAAAUCUCACAGAUCAGCUGCUCGGAAUCGACAUCACGACCUCAAAAUUUUCUGCGAAACAAUUGCCCGUCAAAAUCUGAAAUUCCAGCUGACCGUGAAUUGAACCUCCGGCGUGCUAGAAAAGGACAAUCGGAGGUUUCCCCCAAAUUCAUUGGAAUCUUCAUGUUUAUGUUUUUAUAGCAGCCAUCCUUGCUGUCGGCGAUGAAAGGCGUCUUCACGGCGCCCGGUGAUUACGUUUAUUUCAAGUCUCAGGUCCCUCUUCACAAGAUCCCUAUUGGAUCAAAGCAAUGGCGGUACUAUGAUUUCGGCCCAAAAGUAGUGCCCCCACUAAUAUGUUUACCUGGUACACCUGGAACUGCAGAUGUGUACUACAAACAAGUUAUGUCACUCUCAAUGAAGGGUUAUCGUGUCAUUUCAGUCGAUAUUCCUCGUGUAUGGAACAACCAUGAGUGGAUUCAAGCUUUUGAGAAGUUUUUAGACGCUAUUGAUGUUCAUCAUAUACAUCUUUACGGUACAUCACUUGGUGGCUUCCUAGCUCAGCUUUUUGCUCAACAUCGUCCACGGAGAGUUAAAUCGUUGGUUCUCUCAAAUACAUUCUUGGAGACAGCUAGUUUUGCUGCAGCCAUGCCAUGGGCCUCAAUUGUAGGUUGGACACCUUCAUUUCUACUGAAGCGAUAUGUCCUAACUGGAAUCCGUGAUGGUCCUCACGAACCCUUUAUUGCUGAUUCCGUGGAUUUUGUUGUUGCUCAGGUCGAGACACUUUCAAGAGACGACUUGGCCUCAAGACUCAGUUUAACGGUCGAUGCAGCAUCAGUUGGACCUCUUUUGCUUUCAGAUUCUUUAAUCACUAUAAUGGAUAUUUGCUCUCGCCUCUCGCUCUUCAUAAAAAAUGAACGUUUCUCAUUGAUUAUUGUUUUGCUUGUGGUGAUUAUCCUUUCCUUGAAGACGAAUGAUUUCUGUGCAAUCCCCCAACAACUUAAAGAUCAAGUAACCGAAAGAUACCCCGGUGCUAGACAAGCCUAUCUCAAGUCUGGUGGUGAUUUUCCUUUUCUUUCACGACCAGAUGAAGUGAAUCUUCAUCUCCAGCUACACCUAAGACGAGUUGGAGUUGAGCCCCAGGUCCCUAGCACCCCAAAGGAUGAUUUUGGUGGAAGUUCGAGUGAUCAAAGUGACAGAAAACGAGAUACUGAUGACUCACCAGAGGAUGAUAGAGUGGAUGAUAAUGGGCCAGGUGGCCCGACAGACACAAAAGGGCCACUUUUACUUCCAGAGGGUCCUGAUUCUGGUAAUUUCGGUAGCCAAUAUCUGAGCAAUGCUUAUUUACCUAAUUACAACAGCGAACGCUUGGUGACUCUUUUGCUAGAAGAAGCUUUGGUGAACAGGAAAACUAUUCUAGCUUCUAACUUGAACUUUGCAUUUGAGUAUAUCGUUCUUAGUUUGCUUCGUAAUCACUUCAGCAACGUGUACAUUAAUUUGCAAGUAUAGUAUCGGACUCCGGAUUUUGAUGUAAUUUGUUUGUAUACUAUGGUCUCUGUAAUGUUGUGUCUCGCGUGUCAAUUUCGUAUGAAAAGAGUGUACUCUGGCUAGUGUUGUAUGACAAUUGAAGUUGCUUUAGCAGUCCAAAAUUUUCGGGGGAAAAAAGUUAAAAAGGGACUGAUUGCUGGUGGCCUUCAAAAGAUGUUUUUGAUAGCAACGUCCCAUUUGCUUUGGAUGAAAAGGAUGUGUAUUUUUCGGGUGCAAUUGUGCUCUGUGGUAAGAGGUAAGUGCUUUCCUACCUUACUUUGUGAAGCAAAAAUCAUGGAAAAGUAUUUGAAAUGGAUUUAGUGGUGAAAAAAGGUGAUGUAAGUGCAACCUUUACACAUGAAAGAGUACAGGGGCCACAGGUUGUCAUGAUGACUGAAUUUGAUAUAAUUUGAUUUGAAGAUGAUGAACGAAUGUGUGUGUGCACGAUGCGUGCGUAUUUGAAAUUUUGAAUGUGACCUGCAUAAUAUCUUCACAUUGAAUGUGUGUGUGUAAGUUUGAACUGUAUAUUAUCUUUACACUCGUGUGAUACAAGGGAUUAUUCUUUCUUU